CGUCGGGGGACGCUGGCAGGUGACGACGGGUGCCGGCAGCGGCGAACUGACCUGGCGAAGAGUGAGAUGCGCGCGCGGUGACGUCGCACAUCGACGGACGCAAUGGAUAAGCGGCCCCGCGCCGACAAGGCGCUCACCGUGAAGUACUCGGCCAUCGACGAUAAGGUUGAGAUCGACACCGCCUCGGAGCUAUCGUCCACCAGCAAGGCGUUGUUCCUGGAGAAGGUGCGUCUCUCGAACGCCGCCUGCCAGGCUGGCGAGUUCGACUCCGCCGUGCGCCUCUACACCGAGGCCAUCUCGCUGGACCCCAGCAACCAUGUGCUCUACUCGAACCGGUCGGCGGCGCUGGCCAAACUGGGCCAGUUCUCGGCCGCCUACCAGGAUGGCCUGAAGGCGCACCGGCUCUGCCCCACCUGGCCCAAGGCCUACUAUCGACAGGGGGUGGCGCUUCAGUGCAUGGGUCGCCAUGGCGAGGCGCUGGCCGCCUUCAGCCAGGGCCUGGCCCAGGACGCCAAGUCGCUGCAGCUGCUGGCCGGCCUGGUCGAAGCCGCCAUGAAGUCGCCACUCAGAGCCACUCUGGAGCCGACGUACCGGCAGCUGCAGGCGAUGCGGCUGGACAAGUCGCCGUUCGUCAUCAUCUCCGUCAUCGGCCAGGAGCUGCUGGCCGCCGGCAACUGCGGCGCGGCCGUGGCCGUGCUCGAGUCGGCGCUCAAGAUCGGCACGUGCAGUCUGAAGCUGCGCGGCAGCGUCUUCUCGGCCCUGUCGUCCGCCUACUGGGCAAUGAACUCGCUCGACAAGGCCAUCAGCUACAUGCAGCAGGACUUGAACGUGGCCAAGUCGCUGGAGGACAUCGCCGGUGAGUGCCGCGCCCACGGUAACCUCGGCUCGGCCUACUUCAGCAAGGGCAACUUCAAGGAGGCGCUCACGUCGCACCGGUACCAGCUGGUGCUGGCCAUGAAGUGCAAGGACACGCAGGCGGCGGCGGCGGCGCUCACCAGUCUGGGACACGUGUACACGGCGAUCGGCGACUACCCGAACGCGCUGGCGUCGCACAAGCAGUGCGUACAGCUGGUGCGCCAGCUGGCCGACCAGCUGCAGGAGGCGCGCGAGAUCGGCAACGUGGGCGCCGUCUACCUGGCCAUGGGCGACUUCGACAACGCCGUCGACUGCCACAAGGAGCACCUACGCAUCUCCAAGCAGCUCGGCAACCGGGUGGAGGAGGCGCGUGCCUUCAGCAACCUGGGCAGCUCACACCACUACCGGCGCAGCUUCGAGCGCGCCAUCACGUUCCACCAGCAGGUGCUGCGCAUCGCCCAGCAGCUGGGGGACCGCACCAUCGAGGCGCGCGCCUAUGCCGGCCUCGGGCACGCGGCGCGCUGCCUCGGCGACUACGCGCAGGCCAAGAAGUGGCACGAGAAGCAGCUGGACAUGGCGCUCAGCACCAAGGACCGCACGGCCGAGGGGCGCGCCUGCUCCAACCUGGGCAUCGUGUACCAGCUGCUCGGCGAUCACGACGCGGCGCUGAAGCUGCACCAGGCGCAUCUCAACAUCGCGCGCCUGCUGCAGGACCGCGCCGGCAUGGGCCGCGCCUUCGGCAACAUCGGCAACGCCUACAGCUCCAUGGGCUACUACGAGCAGGCCAUCAAGUACCACAAGCAGGAGUUGACCAUCAGCAAGGAGGUGAACGACCGCAGCAGCGAGGCGUCGACGCAUGGCAACCUGGCCGUGGCGUACCAGGCGCUCGGCAUGCACGAGAUGGCGCUGCUGCACUACUUGGGCCACCUCAACAUCGCGCGCGAGCUCAAGGACACGGCCGGCGAGGCGUGCGCGCUCUGCAACCUGGGCAACUGCCACAGCUCGCGCGGUCAGUUCGCUCUGGCCGUGCCCUACUACGAACAGUACCGCCAGCUGUCGCACGACCUGCAGGACGUGGAGGGCGAAGCCAAGGCAUGCCACUUCCUCGGCUACGCGCACUACUGCCUGGCCAACUACAGCGAGGCGGUGCACUACUACGACCAGGACCUGGCGCUGGCCAAGGACCUGCAGGACAAGAUGAGCAUGGGGCGGGCCUACUGCAACCUCGGCCUGGCGCAUCUGGCGCUCGGCAACUGCGAGAAGGCGCUCGAGUGCCAGAAGUUCUUCCACGCCAUCGCGCACCUGCUGAAGCACGCGCAGGGCACGUGCCGCGCGCUCGGCAACAUGGGCGACGUGCUGAUGAAGACUGGCGGUCACGAGGAAGCGGUGCACUGCUACCACAAGCAGCUGGCGGCCGCCCGACACAGCCGCGACAAGCAGCUGCAGUGCUGCGCCUUCAGCGCGCUCGGCUUGGCGCACCGCCAGCUGCGUCAGCUCGACAAGGCACUCGGCUUCCACACGCAGGAGCUGACCAUUCGACAGGAGGUGGCUGACCUGCGUGGCGAGUGCAAGGCGCACGGCCACCUGGGUGCCGUCCACAUGGCGCUCGGCAACUACACCAACGCCAUCAAGUGCUACGUGGAACAGCUGGACCGAGCCAAGGACCUGUGCGACGCCGUGAUGGAGGCGCAGGCGUUCGGCAACCUGGGCAUCGCGCGCCUCAACAUGUCGCACUUCGAGGACGCCAUCGGCUACUUCGAGCAGCAGCUGGCCACGCUGGAGCAGAUCCCCAGCGGCGCGGCGCUCAUGGACAAGGCCCGCUCGUUCGGCAACCUCGGCGACUGCUACGACGCCAUCGGCGACCACGAGGAGGCCAUCAAGUGUCACGAGCAGCUGCUGAGCCUGGCGCUGCAGCUGCGGGCCAGCAGGGAGCAGGAGCGCGCGUACCGCGGCCUCGGCGCCAGCCACCGCAGCCUGGGUCACCUGCAGCAGGCGCUCGUCUGCUACGAGAAGCGGCUGGUGGUGUCGCACGAGCUCAACAGCCCGCACGCGAAGGCCUCCGCCUACGGCGAGCUGGGGGUCAUCCACGGCCGGCUGGGCAACUUCGAGCAGGCGCUCUCCUGCCUCGACCACCAGCUGAACAUCGCCAGGGAGCUGGAGGACACGGUCCUGGAGGCGGAGGCGGCCAGCGGCCUCGGCUGCGUGCACCAGCAGAUGGGCGACUUCCAGGCGGCGCUCGAGUUCCACCAGCUGGACGCGGCCAUCUCGGCGCGCUCCGGCCUGGCCGCCGGUCAGGCGCGCGCGCACGGUCACCUGGGCGCUGCGCACGAGUCACUCGGUGACCUGGAGCAGGCCGUGGUGCACCUGGAGCAGCAGCUGAGCGUGGCAGCGCAGACCAACGACAAGGCAACCAAGACGGCCGCCUACGCCAGCCUGGGCCGCGUGCACCACGCGCUGGGUAACAGGCCGCAGGCGAUCGCCUACUUGCGCCAGGGCCUGCAGAUCGCCGAGCAGCUGAGCCGGCGCGAGGAGGAGGCGCGCCUGCGCCACCGGCUCGGCCUGGCGCUCUGGGGACACGGCGACCUGGCCGGCGCGCAAACCCAGCUGGAGCGGGCCGCCUUCCUGCUGGAGGGCGUGAGGCGCGAGGCGCGCGGCACCAGCCAGCACCGGCUCGGCCUCUACGACCUGCAGACGGCCGCGUUCCAGGCGCUUCAGCGCGUGCUGGUGUCGCUAGGCUGCCAGGACGAAGCGCUGGUGGUGGCCGAGCGCAGCCGGACGCGCGCCUUCGCCGACCUGCUCCUGGAGCGCUCCAACAGCGGCUUCAGCAGCAGCCGCUUCACGCGCGUCGACGACAACACGCCCACCUCGGUGGAGCAGAUCGUGGAGGCGGUGGCCAAGCAGAAGGCCACCGUGCUUUACUACAGCCUGGCGGCCGGCGCCCUCUUCAGCUGGCUGAUCGUGCCCGGCCGCGGUAUCGUCAAGUUCCACGAGGUGACGGUGGGCGCCACCGACCGGCCGGCGCACGCGGCCGCCCACCCGGCCGACGCCAGCCUGCUCGAAUCGCACAUUGAGUCGGUGCGCGACGCGCUGGGCGUCGAGCUGCAGACGGCCGGCGGCGAGCGCGACACGGACGCCGACGCCGGCGACAUGUGGCAGCAGCACCUGGAACAGCUCGGCGACCGGCUCAACCAGGAGGGCGACAAGACCGGCUUCCUGCGCAUGGUCAACCGCGGCCACGCCUGCAACUCGUCCAACUACAGCCUGUCCAGCAUGUUCAGUGCCUUCUCGUGCAGCCGCGGCAGCGGCAGCGUGAGCGGUGGCUGCCAGAGCCGCGGCGGCUCGGUGCGCUCGCGCCGCGCCGUCUGGCAGGGGCCGCAGUGUCUGCGCUCGCUGUACGAACUGCUGAUCGCGCCCAUGGAAGAGCAUCUGCCGAGCAACGCCUACCCGCGCGACCUGAUGCUCGUGCUCGAGGGCGACCUCUACCUGGUGCCGUUCCCGGUGCUGAAGGCGCCCGACAGCAGCGAGUUCCUCUGCGAGCGCUUCAACUUGAUCCUGACGCCGUCCAUCAGCACGCUGCGCUCGGGCGCGCGGCCGCGCGGCGCCCGCGCCGGCGGCGAACAGACGGCGGCGCUGGUGGUGGGCAACCCGCGCCUGCCAGCCGCGCUCGGCGAGCAGUGGGGCUGGGCUGACCUGCCGUACGCCGAGCAGGAGGCCCAUAUGGUGGCCGAGAUGCUGCAGACGGAGCCGCUGACGGGCGCCGCCGCCUCCAAGGAGGCGCUGCUGCAGCAGCUGGCGCAGGCCGAGUGCGUCCACCUGGCGACGCACGUCUCCUGGAAGCUGUCGGCCGUGGUGCUGUCGCCGGGCGAGUUCGUGGACGCCCGCUCUUCGCAGCGCGCCGCCUCGCACGGCUCGCAGUGCGAGUCACAGCACGAGGACGACCACUCGGAGGCGGCCUCGUCCAGUGACCUGCCGCCGCUCUCCGAGUUCCUGCUGACGGCCGCCGACAUCCUCGGCCUCAAGCUGACCGCCAAGCUGGUGGUGGUGAGCUCGUGCCACACGCGCGACCACCACGGCCGCGCCAGCUCGGACGGCGUGGUCGGGCUGACGCGUGCCCUGCUGGCCGCCGGCGCCCAGUGCGUGCUCGUCUCGCUGUGGCCCGUGCCCGACACGGCCGUCAAGAUCCUGUACCGCACCUUCUACUCUUGUCUGCUGCAG